CAUCACUGCUCUAGAAUAUAGAGGUUAGGAAGCCGUAUCGUCCUCCUAUUCAAUAUCUGGAGCAAUCUGGAGGUGUCUGGAGGCGCGAGCCAUUAACAAUUAAUCAAAGAAGAAGUUGGUUAGAAAGAUAUAAGCGUAUUGCGUGCGUCAUACGUACCUUUUUAUAAAAGCUGCAAGUGGGUUGGAAAUCGCAUCACUGCGCCAGAGAUGUUGCCUAGUACCGAGAAAUGCGAAAGGCAACAUAUUCCGCGAGGUAAACCAAAAUCCGGUAAGAUAUGGAAGGAAGAAAAAAAGAGAUUUUCUUCUAUAAUUAAAACACGUGGAAUUCGACAGUCCUUUGCUAAGAAACAAAAGUUGAGAGAAGAUCUGAAACGCGUUAAAGAGAUGUCAAGGGCAAUUAAGGCACAAAAGCAAGCAGAAAAGGAAGCUAAGAAGCAACGAAGGAGAGAAAAUUUAAAAAGGGCAGAGGAAAAUAGAAAAAAGGGCGAAAUUGUUCAAGUUAUUAAGAACACUGCAAAAAUAAAAAGAAUGAAGAAAAAACAAUUAAGAAUGAUUGAGAAGCGAGACACAACUAAUAUGUAA